UUCCCUCAGACAGCCAGAGGAUGGAAGGCAUUGCCAUAAAGUGGGUGGGCACAUUCUGACCUUAUCCCUAAAACUAUAAGUGUGGAAACGAUCUUUCCAUGCGGACUUUCGUGAGACGUAUGCGUGUGCUGAAUAUGCCUCCACCGACAGCAAUGAAAUUACAGAUGCUUUUUGCCGUGUCUUUUGCCUGGGCCUUCCAUGAAAUACCCAAAUACCAGCACCAGGACCCUCUGACCUCUGAGAUUCUGCUUUGUGAUCAAUGCCCACCCGGCACGGCAGUGGAGCGCCACUGCACCGCAAUGGAACCCACCGUCUGCGUCCCCUGCCCGGAGAAACGGUUUGCGGAACAGUGGCACUGGGGAGACAGCUGUCAACACUGCACAUCUGUCUGCAAGGAAAGACAAAUCGUGAGAAGAGAGUGUAACAGUACUCACAACCGGGUCUGUGAGUGUAAACCAGGGUACCAUCUGGUGGUGGAGUUUUGUGUCCGACACACUGCCUGUCGGCCUGGAUUUGGGGUCGCCAUGCAGGGCACUCCAGACAGAGACGCUGUGUGUGAGAGAUGCCCAUCGGGUUAUUUCUCCAGCACAUCCUCAUCUACAGAGCCCUGCGUGCCACACAGGGACUGCAGUCAACUGGGACUGAAAACCUUCAGAUCAGGAACGGCCACUCAGGACACUCUGUGUGAGACGGACAGUGAAGACUUUGACUGCUCACAUCAACACAUAGAGUGUAACACAGACAUCACACUGUGUGAAGAGGCCAUAUUUCAGUUUGUUGCGUCGCCUCCGCUGGCCUCCAUUUCAGUGGAGCGUCUGUCAGAGAGUCUUCCAGGACGUAAGGUGGACUGGAAGAACGUUGAGAGGCUGAAGAAAAGCUGUAGUCCUCAGCAACAGACGCUGCACCUCCUCCGCCUCUGGAGAGAACAAAAUAAGGACCAGGACAAGCUCAAUAGCAUCAUUCAAGGUGUGAACAACUGCGAGAGGAAAGUAUCACGCUGUGCCAGCGUCAAAAACCUCACUCUGGAAGACCUGUUGAUGUUGAUGGAUAGUUUAACUGGAGAAAAAGUGAGCGAGGAAGACGUACGGGCCGUGGUCCGUUCCUGUCCCUCUCAACGCUACAUCCUACAGCUCCUCCACUUGUGGAAGGUUCAGAACAGAGAUCAGGACCUGGCCAAGGCUCUAGCUCAGAGCCUGCGCAAACUCCGCUCGAAAGGCGCACGCCGACCACUCUUCAAAACUCUGAAGAGGAUGAGUCGCAUCAUCAGCGCGUCUUCCAUGCAUCGUAUGUAUGAGAAGAUGAUCGUGAGCAUGAUCCAGGAUGGCACAUGCUUCAAAACCAAAACCUUCAAUGACUAAUGAUUCCAUAUAGAAAGAUGACUAAAAUAGGAGUUAUUUAAAUGGGAAAUGUUGUAUAUAAUAUCCAUUAUUAGUGUUGGGGUGACUGGUUUUGUUGUAAAGAUGCUCGUUUCGUUUUUGUAUUGGACUGAAACACUAAGAGUCAGAGUCAAGUCCUGGGAUGUCAGAUAUAAAUCUCUAUUAAUGCAGGACUUGGCUUGACUUGUCUUUUCUUUGUAGAUGAAUCUAUGCUCUGUUGAAGCUGUAAAUAAAGGAUGUUGGUUCUGAAUGUAAAAUACAAUGAAGAGCAUUUAUGUUUUAUUUAACUGUAAUUAUAUAUUGUCAGGGGUGUUUUUUAUCAUAAAAUUGAAAAUGAAAAAAACAUUAUUUAUCAAUUUGUCAAGAAACUGGACUGCAGCAAAUCAUUUGUCUUUAUUUUAAGUAUAUUUGUGACUGUUUAAAUCUAUAUUGAUGUGUAUAGGCUACAAAACAUUUACAGAUAUAUUUUAAGAAAAAGACAUCUUAUCUCACGUGCCAUUGUAAUCGAAGCAUGACACUGUCAGGAUGUAAUGAAGUCUCAUUUACAUAUGCAUUUUAAAGGCUGAUGUUUAGACGUUGCAGGGCUGGAUUGUGGACUGUGUCAGUUCUUCAAACUGCCUAACCCUUAUAGUACAGGUACAGUAAGAUCUGGUCUCUUGAUUAUUUUUUACUAAUUUAAGCCUACAAAAAUAACAAAACUGCCAAAACUAAGGUAUAGGCUAAGUGGCCCCAUCCAUGAUCCAUCCCUGAGAAUUUACAAGUAAUAAGUCUUUUUUUUAUAUACUAUUUGUGCUGGAAUCCUGGGGCCUCAUUUACAGCAUGUUUCGUAGAAACUGUCCUAAAUUAGAUUUUACGAUCAUUUCUCAAAGUGCAUUCGUGUGAUUCAUUGAACAAUAGUAUGCAGAGAAACCGUUUUUAAGACUCUCUAUCAGAUGUGUAAUUUUUACAUCACAAAUGAUUGUGAAAUAGCGUGCAACCGAACAGUUUUAAAUCUCUGCCUUUUGAUGAUGUCUAAAUAAUGUUAUUGAUAUAUGAAAGGGCACCUGUCAACAUCCAAAUCCUUUACAAGCAGCAAGAAUGACUUAUAUUUCCACAAACUUUCAGCACUCGGACAAAGUGCAUCUGCUCAGACCCUGACAUGGCGCUAUGCACUUUUCCACGUCAAAUACCUUUUUUUAUAAAUAUGAAUAUGGAUUUUUGUUUUAUUAAUGAGGCCCCUGAAGUCAAGCAAGCUAGUAUUGUAAUCUUGAAGCUCUUUAACACCCCAAGAUGUACUUAUUGUUUGUUGCUCCUGUUUCGUCCUCUAAUACAUGUAUGAUAUUUAUACAUAUCUGUGUGCUGCCAGUGUAAAUUUGCUGAUUUGUUUUUUUAAUGAAACAUUUAUAUUAAUCACUAAAUCCUGAUGGUUAGACGUAUUAUUUGUCUGGUUAUGAUCACAUGGCAUUCAUGCAGCAUGAGUAGACAUACAUGAGAGUGUGACAGAUUCUCCAAAUAUGGCUGGAAAUGUGAUGACUAAAUAUAAAAACAAUUCCUUGAGCCAUUGUUUUUUGUAAACAUCGCAUGCAUUACUCGAGGCAAUGAUUUAUCAGAAUACGAGUGGCAUGACGUAUAGGAAGAAAUAUCGUGACAAAUAAGACAGCUUGUUUCUGUUUGACAGGUUUUGGUGUUUACACUUUUGUCAUCUAUUGCUCUUUGAAAAGCAAAGAUGUAAUGGAAAAGUUAAAGGGGUAGGUGGGGAUCCCAAGAUAUCCUUGUUUGGUUGACUGAUGAGUGUGUUUUGAAGAUAAAUUAAAUAUUUUAAGAUUAUCUUGGGAUCUUGUGUUUUAAUGUCUCAAUAACAAUAAUAAAUAGAAACCAUUAUUAUUAAUAUAGAGUUUUUAUUUCGUUUUUUAGUUUCAGUUUGUCAGUUACAUUUAGUUUCUAUUUUUUGUUUUUUUAAGGCUGCCAAGUAACAAUAAUAGUUCAUUCAAACAAAAUGUACCUGUAGGGGUUUUCUUUGUACCUCUCCAGGUACCUAUCUAUUAUGUACACUUAAUAGUACAGUUAAAUGUUUUGAACCACAGGAAAACCUUUUUACCUUUUGAUUUGCUUACAGUUAAUAGGCCUAGAAAAAAUCAUCUUUUCAUUUCCAAAGAUCACAUCUUUCCAUCAACAAAGUAAUCCAAAUGAAUCGAGUGGGUUAAUAAAUGUCAUCUAAAGCAAAACCGUUUUUUUACAGAAAUGACACUUGAAUUUCGCAUUUCUAUGUUUUUCAUGUGAUCUCAUGUGAAAUGUGGUUUUGGAACACUAUCAUGUGAAACCUGUGUAAAUUUCCAUAGAUAUUAUGUCCCUAAAGGGCCGGAUCUUUCCAUAACCAAACUUUUUACAAAAUUCAGUCAGACAUUUCAAGAGAUGAUAACUGAAUGCUUAUUGUGGAUGUAUUUGUAAAAUAUGAAUACUAGAGAAGUUAAGCUCUCUCACACAUUACGAUUACCAUAAGUUCCAGUUUCAGUAACAUUUACCACUGGGAAGUUAAAUGACCUUUAAUUUAUCAACAUAGGAUAGAUGUAUUUCUGUUUGUCUUACAUGAUAACAUCUUUACACCAUAGUCAAUUCAAAGUGGAGCAUGAGACACUGAUUUUUUUGUAUUAAAACAAAAUGUAAUUACCUCAAAAGAGAAAAGACACAUUUGUCCCUUAAGAAAAAAUGAGAGCUGUCAAACCA